UAGGAUUCAGGAUCAGAGAAAAGUCCCUCAAUCGACGCUCGCAACUGCCUCUGAGUUGCCCUGAAAAUUGUCCAGGUAUGUCUAGACGGUUGAAUUCAAUCCCAUAGCGGAAGGAAUGCUCCUCUGCCUGAUUAAAUGGAUUGGAAACGGUAGUAUUGCGGAUUGGCUCACCGAUAAAUGCAGUCUCAGGGAGCAGUCUGCUGAAGUCAGGACGUACAUCUUCUUAUGCUCUCUCUAAUAGCAAAAGAUAUUACUGUUCUGCUCUUCUGAAUAAAGUACCAGCCAAAGUCAAGAUGAGUGAUUCUAACAGGCCUUUGAGAUAUGUUGACAUUGGGAUCAACCUUGGUGACCCUGUAUUUCGAGGAGAAUAUCACGGCAGGCAGGUUCAUGACAAUGACCUUGACGAUGUCAUUCAGCGUGCCCGCGAUGUGGGGUGCACGAAGUUCAUGGUGACUGGUUCAGAUCUAGUAGAAUCUCGGCAUGCUAUUCAGCUUGCUCAAAAUUACCCCGGUUUCUGUUACGCAACUGUUGGUGUUCAUCCAUGUCAAGCAAAGCUCUUCGAUGAAUUUCCUGGCGGUCCAGACAAGAUGUUGGAGGAGCUGAAGUCUCUGGCGCUGGAAGCAAAAGCAGCCGGGCAUGCUGUUGCAUUCGGUGAAAUCGGUCUAGAUUAUGACCGACUGUUCCUCAGCGCCAAAGAACCUCAGCUGAAAUAUUUCGAAGCUCAACUGGAUCUUGCGGUGGACAUACAGCUCCCGCUCUUUCUUCAUUCCAGAGCCGCAAGUGAGGAUUUUGAGAGGUUGCUAGCUCCCAGACUGGAGAAACUUCCCAAGAAAGGCUUGGUGCACAGUUUUACAGGGACAAUGGACGAGAUGAAACGGAUGCUGGCGCUGGGUUUGGACGUCGGUGUCAAUGGAUGCAGCCUGAAGACGGAGGAGAACCUGGAGGUGGUGAAAGCUAUCCCACUUGAUCGAAUCCAGAUAGAGACAGAUGGUCCAUGGUGCGAGAUCCGGCCCUCUCACGCAUCCGCUAAGUACCUGGAGGGUUCUCCCGCAUUGCCCAAGGCAGUCAAGAAGGAGAAAUGGCAGAAGGGCCUUUUGGUCAAGGGUCGCAAUGAACCCGUUGCGAUAGCCCAUGUCGCCCAUGUCAUCGCUAAAUUAAAAGAUAUUACGGCGGAGGAGGUUUGCGAGGCGACUUGGAAUAACUCGAUAAGAAUGUUUGGACUCGGAGAGGAAGUGCCGUAACUCUUUGCCUCCGCGAAGCUGCUCACCGGAAGGGGAGGGAAACAGUUGCUUGGGAUUUGUCAAGCCCAGUCAUUCUGUCCAUACCCUAACUUUGACUCCGAUAGAUAGAAAUGAUUGCGAGCGUGUCAAUGAACUUUGCUUCUCAAUGUUCAUGGCCAAGCUGUCUGAUUUUAAAUUGACCGAAGCUCUUCUGAUUCGAAUGUUUCAGGCGUCGAUUUACAAAGUUGGCACCGUCUGAUAAAGAAAGCAGUCCAUUUUCCAAUCACCACGAAAGUGACUCAGCAGAGAAGCGACUUCAACUGUGACUGUUUGCUCCUGCCAUGAUAUUCUGAGUCUGGACUAUAACAGACUCAAUAUGAGGUCAUCUUUGUUGAAG